GGAGUGCGCCGUGAUGCUGCUGUCCACCCGCUCUGGUGGCCUCGGGCUCAACCUGCAGGUGGCGGACACGGUGGUCCUGUUCGAUUCCGACUGGAAUCCGCAGGUGGACCUGCAGGCCAUCGACCGCGUCCACCGCAUCGGACAGCACCGCGAGGUGCUCGUCGUGCGCCUGAUGACCCCAACCGCCUUCGACCAGGGGCUGCUGGAGCGCACCAGCCGCAAGCGCGACUUGGAGCGCAAGGUGAUCAUGGCCGGGCGCUUCCACGAGAGGCUUGACGGCGAGGAGGGCGGCGCUCCGCUGCUGCGGCAGCUCGUGCGCGACGCGCGGGCCGCGCACGGCCAGGCGCCAGCCUGCCCCGCCGCGACGCCGCUGCAGGAGGCCAACCGCCUGCUGGCGCGCAGCCCAGAGGAGAACGCCGCGUUCGAGGAUGCGGACAUCGCGCUGCUGGGGGCGCCGGCCCCGGGGCAGGCCGGCCGCAUCGAGGGGGCCGCCGAGCGCCUCGAGCGGUGUGGACGGCUGGUGACCGCGGCGGAGACGGCAAAGGUGCCCGCUGCGGCGCGGGCGCUGCCCAAGAUGGCGCGGCGGAAGAAGGAGGCCUCCACGGCAGGGGCGGUGCGGCGCCGUCGCCAGCGGCGGGCCCAGCGCCAGUGAGCGUGCCGAGGGCACUGCGGCGGCCCCCUUCGUCGGGGUCGGCCAGGAGAAGGGCGGGGACGGGGGCUUCCCGUGGAAUAGCCCGGCCGGGUCGCAGUGGCGACGUAGAUGGUAGAAGGGGGCCAUUGCGGCAGCCGCCGGGCGCUCGGUGCGCGGGCCGCUCCGCGCAGAGACAUCCCCGCGCCGCUUCGGGGGAAGAGGGUGCGAGUUCGGCAG